CCCAUUCCCUGCAGGCCUGGGGCGGGGUCUCGGGGGGCGAGGUCUGGGGCCGGGGCUAAAUGCGCCGAGAAGAUCCGCCUCUCUCUGCCAGCUCGCUGUCGCUGUUUUCGCCAUCGACUGGGAUCUACGAAAGUCAUGCUACCCAACACCGGGAAGCUAGCGGGAUGCACGGUUUUUAUCACAGGCGCAAGCCGUGGCAUUGGCAAAGCUAUUGCAUUGAAAGCUGCAAAGGACGGAGCAAAUAUUGUCAUUGCUGCGAAGACCACCCAUCCACACCCCAGACUUUCAGGCACAAUCUAUACCGCUGCUGAAGAAGUCGAAGCAGCUGGAGGAAAGGCCUUGCCAUGUGUUGUUGAUGUGAGAGAUGAACAGCAAAUCAAUAAUGCAGUGGAGAAAGCAGUUGAGAAAUUUGGAGGAAUUGAUGUUUUGGUGAAUAACGCCAGUGCUAUCAGCUUGACCAACACAUUGGAGACACCUACGAAGAGAGUGGAUUUGAUGAUGAAUGUCAACACCAGAGGCACCUACCUUACAUCUAAAGCAUGUAUUCCUUAUCUGAAAAAGAGUAAAAUCGCUCAUAUCCUCAAUCUCAGCCCACCACUGAACCUCAACCCACUGUGGUUCAAACAGCACUGUGCUUAUACCAUUGCUAAGUAUGGUAUGUCUAUGUGUGUGCUUGGAAUGGCAGAAGAAUUCAAAGGUGAAAUUGCAGUCAAUGCAUUAUGGCCUAAAACAGCCAUACACACUGCUGCUAUGGAUAUGCUGGGAGGCUCUGGCAUUGAGAGCCAAUGUAGAAAAGUUGACAUCAUUGCAGAUGCUGCAUAUUCCAUUUUCAAAAGGCCAAAAACUUUUACUGGCAACUUUGUUAUUGAUGAAAAUAUCUUAAAAGAAGAAGGCGUAGAAAAUUUUGACCUCUAUGCAGUUAAACCAGGCCAUCCUCUCAUACCAGAUUUCUUCUUAGAUGAACAACCAGAUACAAUUACCAAGAAAAUGGAAUCACGUGGUCCUCCUCCAGAACUGAGAGAAGAGAAGUCACAGCCGCCACCAAAACCACGAUCUGGAGCUGUGGAAGAAACAUUUAGAAUUGUUAAGGACUCUCUCAGUGACAAUAUGGUUAAAGCCACUCAAGCAAUCUAUCAGUUUGAACUCUCAGGUGAAGAUGGUGGAACUUGGUUUCUUGAUCUGAAAAGCCAGGGUGGGAAUGUUGGAUAUGGAGAGCCCUCUGAUCGGGCAGACGUGGUGAUGAGCAUGUCUACUGAGGAUUUUGUAAAAAUGUUUUCUGGGAAACUAAAACCAACAAUGGCAUUCAUGUCAGGAAAAUUGAAGAUUAAAGGAAACAUGGCCCUAGCAAUCAAAUUGGAGAAGCUAAUGAGUCAGAUGAACGCCAAGCUGUGAAGGAAAAGAAAAAAAAAUUUCAUCCUCUAAGCUCAAAAAGGAAAAGGGCUCAGUAGUUAAAAUCUAACGUUUGUUUUCCUCCCUCUUGUAUUGUAAGGAUACGCCUGUUUGUGCUGGAAAAAAUAGAAUUUCUGUAUCUAUAAGACUUGAAAUUGUAAUUAAAACAGCUAGCUAUAAGCUUCA